ACCAUCACAACAUUGCACUACUAAAUAUGUUCACUUCUGUGAUGUUGAUGAGUAUGCUGGUGGCCGCAGGUGUGGCUCUCCCAGGUGGAUACCAACAGCCCUCCUAUGCUCCGAUUCCUUAUAAUUUCAACUAUGACGUCAACGCUGGAGCCACCAACUUUGGCCAGCAAGAGAGUGGUAACGGUGGCAACGCCAAGGGCUCCUACUGGGUCCAACUUCCAGACGGUCGACUCGAGAGAGUUGAUUACUGGGCUGACGGUAGUGGAUAUCAUGCUACCGUGUCCUUCCAGGGCACUGCCAAGCAUCCCAGUUAUGCUCCAUCUUAUGGUUACUAAAUGAUGCCCCCAUAAUUAUAAUUUGUCUUAGUCAUUUAUUAACAAAACUUAUUCUAACAUAUCUUCUAAUUUGACAAUGAUUUAUAUUAUUACAUACUCUUCAGAAUGCAUCGGUAAUAAAUUAAGUCUUAAUGUUGAUGUUGUUUUAUUUAUAAUGGAAUAGGACGGUUGUGUUAUAAAACAUUGUUUUUGUCAGCUAAUUA